AUGUACCUCCGCCCAAUCCACACCUCGCACUCUAUCCCCACUCUGCACUCGUUCAUCCGCGAGAACCCUCUCGGGAUAUUCACCACAGCGUUACACGCACCCCCGCACGCGUUUAUCCAAGCUAGUCAUAUUCCAUGGGUCCUCGAUGUCGAUGUCGACGAUCCUGGGGAUCUGGGGAGGCUGAGAGGACAUAUGGCGCGUGCUAAUCCGCAGGCGAAAGCUAUUAUCCACAAUCUCAGUAAUAGUAUCAGUAAUAGUAUCAGUAAUAGUAUCAGUGACCCCCCAACCCCUUCCUCAACCCCAUCGAUCCUCGAAUCCCAGAUAAUGAUCCUAUUCAACACCCCCCACCAGCACUACAUCUCCCCCCGCUUCUACACCUCCACCAAACCCACCACGGGGAAGGUCGUCCCGACGUGGAACUACGCUGCGGUGCAGGUGUAUGGAGAGGCGAGGGUGUAUUAUCACCUCGACGACGAUGCGGAAGGUGAAGAGACGAGUACGUUCUUGGAUGCGCAGGUUAGGGAUUUGACGGAUCAAGAGGAAGGUAAGAUCAAUUCGAGGUUAAGGUUGGGGUUGGGGGAGGGGGAAGGGGAGGGUGAGGGUGGACCAUGGAAAAUCUCAGACGCCCCGGCUUCCUAUAUCAGUACGCUCAAGAAAGGGAUUAUAGGGAUAGAGGUUCGGAUACAGAGUAUUGCGGGGAAAUAUAAGAUGAGUCAGGAGCUGGGGAGUGGGGAUAGAGAGGGGGUUGUGCAGGGGUUGGGUGGGUUGGGUGGGUUGGGGGGGUUGGGGGAGGAGAGGGCGGUGAAGGUUGCGGAGAUGGUGAAGGAGUGGGGAGGGAAAACAGAAUAA